AUGUCGGAGAUAGACGAAAAACUCAAUGCGAGACUUGCUCGUAUCGAAGAGUUGAGACGAAAGAGGCGACAAAACAAAGGAGAAGAUGACUCCAACGAUGACUCAAGGGCCGUUCCACAGGUAGAGUUACCAACUAUAGCCAAAGAGGGGCUGGUUGAAACAGAAAUAACUGGUACAGUUGAAAAGCCAGAACCUAUAACUAUUGGUCCUAAUGAAACAGUUGAAGCUGUUGCUUUACGAAUACAACAACAAGAAUUACAACGGAUUGAAUCCCUAGCCUCUGAAUCUAUGAAUGAAGUGGUACACAAAUCAGAUAACAAGCACAACGAAGACAUGAAACGUGAUAUAGAAGGAUAUUUACGGUUAGCUAAGCUGCGUACCAACCAAGCAUUAGCAGAGACCCUUCGAUAUGUGGAAUCUACCAAACAAUAG